AUGUUAGGGGUGUCAGGCCAAGCCAAGCUCCUGUCCGCACCUGCUCUCCAUCUUACUGUCACCAUGACCAGUCGCCUGCAGAGCUCCUCCGCCAGCUAUGGAGGUGGUUUCGGGGGUGGCUCUUGCCAGCUGGGAGGGGGCCGCAGUAUCUCUACCUGUUCAACCCGGUUUGUCUCUGGGGGAUCAGCUGGGGGCUAUGGGGGAGCUGUGAGCUGCGGCUUUGGUGGAGGGGCAGGUAGUGGUUUUGGCAGUGGCUUCAUAAGUGGCUUUGGAGGUGGCCUUGGGGGUGGCCUUGGAGGUGGCUUUGGAGGUGGCCUUGGAGGUGGCUUUGGUGGGGGUUAUGGUGGUGGCUUUGGAGACUUCGGUGGUAGCGAUGGUGGCCUCCUCUCGGGCAAUGAGAAGAUCACCAUGCAGAACCUCAACGACCGCCUGGCCUCCUACCUGGAGAAGGUGCGCGCCCUGGAGGAGGCCAACGCCGACCUGGAGGCGAAGAUCCGCGACUGGUACCUGAAGCAGAGCCCGACCAGCCCAGAGCGCGACUACAGCCCCUACUUUAAGACCAUCGAGGAGCUCCGGGACAAGAUCCUGGCGGCCACCAUCGACAACAACCGGGUCAUCCUGGAGAUCGACAACGCCAGGCUGGCUGCGGACGACUUCAGGCUCAAGUAUGAGAAUGAGCUGGCCCUGCGCCAGAGUGUGGAGGCCGACAUCAAUGGCCUGCGCAGGGUGCUGGACGAGCUGACCCUGUCCAAGACCGACCUGGAGAUGCAGAUUGAGAGCCUGAACGAGGAGCUGGCCUACAUGAAGAAGAACCACGAGGAGGAGAUGAAGGAGUUCAGCAACCAGGUGGUAGGCCAGGUCAACGUGGAGAUGGACGCCACCCCGGGCAUUGACCUGACCCGUGUGCUGUCGGAGAUGAGGGAGCAGUACGAGGCCAUGGCUGAGAAAAACCGCCGGGAUGCUGAGGAAUGGUUCCAAAACAAGAGUGCAGAGCUGAACAAGGAGGUGUCUACUAGCACUGCCUUGAUUCAGACCAGCAAGACGGAGAUCACGGAGCUCAGGCGCACACUCCAGGGCCUGGAGAUCGAGCUGCAGUCCCAGCUCAGCACGAAAGCCGGAUUGGAGAGCACGGUGGCGGAGACCGAGUGCCGCUACGCCCUGCAGCUGCAGCAGAUCCAGGGGCUCAUCAGCAGUAUCGAGGCCCAGCUGAGCGAGCUCCGCAGUGAGAUGGAGUGCCAGAACCAGGAGUACAAGAUGCUGCUGGACAUCAAGACGCGGCUGGAGCAGGAGAUCGCCACCUACCGCAGCCUGCUGGAGGGCCAGGACACCAAGUAGGUCCUCGCCAGCCUCUCUCUUGGGAAAGUGCCCGCAGGACCCUUGGAUGUCAGAGCAGGAAAGGCC